AUGGUUGGGCUGCGUAUCAUCCUCGGGACACUGGCAAUGUCUAGUCUAUCCAGUGCCUGGUACACGCACUCCGAACUGCAGAAGCGUAACGCUAUGCUCUACCUAUUUGGAUGCAUUCCCUCGGGCUGUGGCGGUUUAUUGGCCUACGGAUUGAUGCAGAUGGAUGGGCAAGCCGGGAUCGACGAUUGGCAGUGGAUCUUUACUGGGAGUCACUUACCGGGAAAAUCCCCCCAGUUCUGGAAAUUGCUCAACGAAACCGAAGCAUCUUUUGUUAUUGCUGAAAUCGAACGUGACAGAGCAGUCGCUACUGUGGGGCCUUUCUUCCUGGUUCAAUAUCUUGCACACGGCAAAGACAGCAAACUCUAG